AUGGCAACUGUAGCAGGAGUAGACAACAAUACGACAUUCGAUCAGAUAUAUCUGGGCGGAAAACAAGGUCCUCCAGCUUCGGGCAAAAUGAAGAUGGCUACUGGUGGUAUUGGUUGGCAGAACUCGGCUACGAAAGAAACUGUCAUGAUUCGUGCAAAAGAUGACAAUAUUCGCAAACUGUCUUGGAUGCACUCUGGAAAGGGUUAUGAAUUACGUAUACAAUGUCGUGAUGGAAUACACAAGUAUUUCGGAUUUGCAAAAGAGUCUUAUGAUGUCUUGAACCAAAUGACAAAGAAUCUAUUUGGCCUUUCAAUUGAAGUCAAGGAAGCUUCUGUACGUGGCUACAAUUGGGGCUCUGUAGAAUUCAUAAAUAAUUACAUGUCCUUUGUCGUCGGAAACCGUCCUGCCUUUGAAGUCCCAAUGUCAGAAGUCAGCAAUACUACUGAACAAAAAGCUGAAGUAUCUGUAGAAUUUGCUCUUCCGGAACCUCCAGCUCCAGCGCCUGGUGAACGUCCUAAACGUAUUAAAGAAGAUACAUUGACGGAAAUUCGAUUUUAUCUACCUGGUAAUGCUGCUGCCUCACAAGUUGCUGAAGGUCGUGGUGGCAAGAAGAGAUACAAAGAUAAAGCUGAAGCAGAUGGACUUGCCAAGGAAGGACUCGAGGAUGGUGAAGUCAAGUCAUCAGACGAAGAAGAGUACAUUAAUGAAGAGGGUGAAGCUGUAUCAGCUGCUCGAAUGUUUUAUGAAACCAUCAAACAGAAUGUGGAUGCUGGAUCACUUCAAGGGGACAGUUUGAUGACAUUCCGUGAUUUGCUGUGCCUGUUUCCGAGAGGUCGAUUCGAUAUCGAUUUAUAUGCCGACUUCUUCCGUCUACGUGGUAAAUCCAACGAUUACAAAAUCCAAUAUGGAUCAGUCAAACGUCUCUUUUGUUUACGACGAGACUUGUCUGACCUCCUGGUCUUGCCAUUGGAUCCACCCAUUCAUCAAGGCCAGACUCUAUACUACUUCUUGGUCUUCCAGAUCCAUAGCUCUGAUGAAGACUGGCAUAAUGCUGUGGCCAAACCCUCAGAAGAGGAAAUUGCAGAGAAAUACAAUGGUCGUUUGAAGAAGUCGUAUGAGGGUCGAAUGAGUGACAUUAUUGGCGAAGUCUUUCAAGGAAUGACGAAUAAGCGUAUCAUCCGAGCCGAUGACACUUUCAAGAGUCACGAUGACAAGAAUCGAUCAGUCAAAUGCUCUUUAAAAGCUAGCGAAUCCUUCCUCUUCCCACUGACAAAGUACUUCAUGUUUGUACCAAAGCCACCUACUUUCAUUCCUCAUGACGAUAUCUCCAAAGUCCAAUUCUUACGAGUGGACAAGAAUACCAGUUCUCGGACAUUCGAAAUGAAGCUUAAUAUGAGGACUGGUCAAGAGUAUCACUUUAGUAAUAUUGCAAAAGAGGAAUUCUCAGGUCUAAAUCAGUAUUGCAAGAACAAAGGUCUAUCCGUUUCGAUUGUCUCUGAAGCCAAACCAGACUUUGGAGGCCCAGACUCGGAUACUGAUGAAGAGGAUGAGGAUGAUCGCGCCGAUCGUAAACGAAAGAGAGCAGAAGAAGUGCGAGCUGCUGGAGCUGCUGCUGGAGAGGAAGACGACGACGAAUCAGAGGACGAAGACUACAAGGCCGAUUCAGAAUCUGAUGUUGCAGAGGAAUUUGAUGAAGAGCAUAAAACAAGUGAUGAAGAGGGUGGAGAAGAAAAAGAAAAAGAACCACCUCUCAAGAAGGCAAAGACUUCCGAGAAGAGCAAACCUUCCUCGUCGUCCGACAAGCCAAAAGGGUCAUCAUCGUCAUCCAAGAAAUGA